AUGAAUAUAAAAAGUUCACUGUGAGAGUGAUGAAAGUUGGUGAUAAGAAUGAUGAGAGGAUAGGCAAGUACUUAUAUAGACAUGAUUCAACCCCGCCACAUUCCUCUGCUUCACUUUUACCAGAAAUGAUGCCAAAUUUUCAGAAACUAAGGAUUAAAAUAUGCGCAACCCACCAGGGGAUUACAUUGAGAAAGGGACUAAAAAGAUGGCAAAUUUUCAGGGAAUCAGGAUUAAAAUAGUUGCAGAAAUCACACGGAAAGGGAAUAUUUAUGAACAGCGUGAGGAAUUACGGCGUGGGGGGAAUGGGAAAGUGGAGUGGGAGUGGAGGGCCUCGUGGGUUGGGUUUGGUUCAGUUUAAAACUUUAAAGCAAACGCCACCUUCAUCCACUCUUCACGUUUCUUGUUUUGGCCUUUUUUGAGUGGGUUUUUGCCAACCGUACAGUCCGCUCUUGCUUUUGUUUGUUUUUUUUUAUAAUAUAUAUACAAUUCUUGUCAUUGUUUUUUCUGUCUGUGAUCUCAUCCUACCGCUGUCCCUUCAAUCUUGAGUGAGGGGAAUAGCAAAUGGGUUCGUCCACAAAUGCUCCAAGAAUGGUUCUUUAUCUGUACUUUUCACUGUGUGUUUUUCUUGCAGUGAUUGGCCCAUCCGUUUCUUCUAAGUUGUAUGUGGUGUACAUGGGCAGCAGCAGAGGUAGUGAUGGCCCAGAUGAGAUUUUAAGGCAAAACCAUGAACUGCUCACUGCUCUUCAUAGAGGAAGUGUGGAACAGGCCAAGGCUUCUCAUGUAUAUAGUUAUAGACAUGGUUUCAGAGGGUUUGCUGCCAGGUUGACUGAAGAGCAAGCUUCUGAAGUGGCAGAAAUGCCAGGAGUUGUGUCGGUUUUCCCCAACACUAAAAGGAGCCUUCACACUACUCAUUCUUGGGAUUUCAUGGGCCUUGUUGGUGAAGAAACUAUGGAAAUCCCAGGUUUUUCCACCAAGAACCAAGUUAAUGUCAUCAUUGGUUUUAUUGAUACAGGAAUUUGGCCGGAGUCCCCAAGUUUUAGUGAUGCUGGCAUGCCCCCUGUUCCGGAUGGAUGGAAGGGACAGUGCCAACCAGGGGAAGCAUUCAACAUUUCAACAUGCAACAGGAAAGUCAUUGGUGCAAGAUACUACCUAAAUGGAUAUCAGGCUGAAGAAGAAUCAGAGAAGAUUGUUACAUUUAGAUCUGCAAGGGACAGCGCUGGUCAUGGGAGUCACACAGCUUCAACUGCUGCAGGUCGUUAUGUUAAUGACAUGAAUUACAAUGGGUUGGCAGCUGGUGGAGCUAGAGGAGGUGCCCCAAUGGCUAGGAUUGCUGUAUACAAGACUUGUUGGAGCUCCGCUUGCUAUGAUGUUGACCUGUUGGCUGCUUUUGAUGACGCUGUUAGGGAUGGCGUGCAUAUAUUAUCGUUGUCUUUGGGUGCUGAUUCACCACAGGGAGAUUAUUUUAAUGAUGCCAUUUCUAUUGGGUCCUUCCAUGCUGUUGGCCAUGGAAUAACCGUGGUUGCUUCAGUUGGAAAUGAAGGGACUUCAGGGUCUGCAACAAAUCUUGCUCCUUGGAUAAUUACCGUGGGUGCUAGUUCAACAGAUAGAGAUUUUACAUCUGGCAUCAUUCUUGGAAAUGGAGCUCACCUUUCGGGUGAAAGCCUGAGUCUUCAGAAGAUGAAUGUCUCAGCUAGGAUCAUAUCUGCUUCUGAAGCCUAUGCAGGAUAUUUUACUCCUUUCCAAUCCAGUUACUGUUUGGAGAGUUCUUUGAAUAUCACAAAGGCGAGGGACAAAGUUCUGGUUUGCCGACAUGCUGGGAGCUCAACAGAGUCCAAGCUUGCAAAAGGUGCGGUAGUUAAACAAGCUGGUGGAGUUGGAAUGAUUCUUAUCGAUGAAGCAGACAGAGAUGUUGCCAUUCCUUUUGCAAUCCCAGCAGCAAUUGUUGGAAAAAGGACAGGCUACAAGAUAUUGGCUUACUUAAAUUCUUCAAGCAAUCCUACAUCAAUGAUUUUGUCUGCCAAGACUGUUUUAGGAGCCCAAGCUGCUCCUCGAGUAGCGCCAUUUUCUUCUAAAGGUCCCAAUGCAUUAACUCCUGAAAUUCUUAAGCCUGAUAUAAUAGCACCUGGACUGAAUAUCCUGGCUGCCUGGUCUCCAGCAACAGCAAAUAUGAAGUUCAACAUACUUUCUGGAACUUCCAUGGCUUGUCCCCAUGUAACAGGGAUUGUUGCCUUGAUAAAAUCCGUGCAUGUGUCUUGGUCUCCAUCUGCCAUCAAAUCCGCAAUUAUGACAACUGCUACUACGUUGAACAAGCACCGGAAACCUAUCACAGCAGGCCCAGAUGGACGAAAGGCAAAUCCAUUCGAUUUCGGCUCUGGCUUUGUGAACCCAAGAGCAGUCCUUGAUCCUGGUCUGGUAUACGAUACAACUUCCGCUGAUUAUAGAGCGUUUCUCUGUUCACUUGGUUAUAGUGACCGAUCACUGCAGCUGAUCACGAGAGAUAACAGCACUUGCAAUCAAGCCUUCACAACAGCAUCCAGCCUUAACUAUCCGUCCAUUACGGUCCCCAAUCUGAAAAACUCGUUUUCAGUCUCCAGAACAGUGACCAAUGUUGGAAGGCCAAGAAGUGUCUAUAAAGCAGUAGUGUUUUCCCCGACUGGUUUCAAUGUUACCGUAGUGCCUAAAAGACUGGUCUUUAAUCGCUACGGCCAGAAGAUCAACUUCACCGUAACAUUUGAGGUAACUGCUCCAUCUAAAGAUUAUGUUUUCGGGUCCUUGUCGUGGAGGAAUAGAAGAUCUUGGGUGACCACCCCACUUGUUGUCCGGGCCGUACAUUCCAAGUUCGGUCUGUGGAUAUAAACUGUUAGAAGACUACAGUCGUUAAGAGUCGAUGCAUAUAGAAGCUAGAUGAAGGAACAUGGAAACUCAAAGCAGGCUGGAACUGCACCUCCAUUCACAACUCGCCCGGAGGUCGGCGACAUAAAGAAUCACACGACAAACUUAUACACUUAGCAUGUGAUUGACACGUAAUUAUGAAAUAGAGUUUCCACUGCCAAAAGAGUGGCUUUUCAAAUAUCUGGAUACAUAUAUGUUUAGCCCAUCAAAAGGGUAGCUUAAUCUUUCUUCCUCCACAGCUCUCAAGCCCAGGAAUUAUUUGUUGUUAAAACUAAGAUAAAGGUAGUAAAUUCAUUUUUUAUAUAGAACCUUUCAUGUCCACUUUAUUCA